CUGAAGACCUCAAGUCUCUUGUGAUGUUGGAAAGAUUUUUGUGUUUGUUAGAAUACUGCUUCCUCCUUCCAGAGUUGCACAAGCUCGUUCGACUGGGAAAGUGAAUUGAGGAUUUCAAAGGAGACAUGGAAGCUAGCAAAGUAGUGAAGAAUUUGAAGUCAUUUCUGAAUUUUAAUUAUUCUGGGAUACUGCCUGUCCUGCAUUUCCAGCAUUCUCUGUUUCACUUCAUAUUUCCCACAUCUACAACAUUUUGCUUCUGGUGGAAACGAUCCCAAAUGAGAAUAUUGCUCAUACAUUGCUGGGAAAGCAUGCAUCUGCUACAAAUAGAUUCAGUGCAGCGUUGGAUGGGAGACUUGAGAUUGAUGGCAGAGUGUGAAUGCAUGUAUGUACUCCAAUCCAAGCCCAUCAGUGGGGAUGGUGAAGGACACAACGAGCUUGUCAUAACAUCUCAACAAGAUUUACCUGACAGCUUGCAGACACUGCUAAAAAGAGCAUGGGCAAUCACCACAGAACUGUCCAAGAUUUUCUACAAGCUGGAAAUAAACAGAUGGCAACACAUCCACAGUACUGCAGUGAGGGUGAACUGUCAUAUCAGAUCACUGAUAAAUGAAAGCAGUGGUUACACUCACAGUGCUUCAGGAGAAAUACAACAGUUUGGGAGGAUUUUAAUAAAGAAAUGCACAGACCUGACUACGAUAACUGAAAGUUUAGCGUAUGAUGAAGAUGAAACAACAUUAGCAUCUAUGAAAGCUGAGAUUGUUAAAACGCUGACAUCAUUUAGUCAGUCUUUCAGUCAGAUGGUGGAACUUACUCUAACCCAUGAAAUAAAGAGCCUGGUGAGUCAGCUAGAUACAGCAACCAACCUAUACAGCAUUGAAGCACCAAUCAGUAGCCUCAUUGAACUUACACAGGAAGGUGCGCACAUAUGCCAAAUCAUAGCCAAGGAAGGAGGGGUGGCAGUACUUUUCAAACUAUGUAGACAAGAUGCUCCUUGUUAUUUGCAUGUUCUUGCUCUCAGAGCAUUGGCAUCAAUAUGUGUUGUGGAAGAAGGCAUCAAUGAACUGGAAAAGGUGGAUGGUGUGUUGUGCUUGGCUGACCUUUUGACUAAUGAAUCAAAUCCUGAAGCUACCCGUGCUGAAGCUGCUACUGUGGUAUCACAGAUUACAUCUCCCCAUCUCACCUUCACACAGCACCUCGGCAGCUUCUUGGAAAACAUGGAGGACAUAGUAACGGCACUUAUCAAGUUAUGUAAAGAUGCCUCAUCAAGUGAAGUGUUCCUACUAGCAUCUGCUGCUCUUGCCAACAUCACAUUUUUUGAUUCAAUGGCCUGUGAGAUUUUGUUACAGUUGAAUGCAACAAAAAUUCUUAUACAAGCCUGCCGUGACCCUCAGCGAGUUGACACUCCUUACUCCAAAGAUCAGGUGGUGACAAUACUGGCAAAUAUGGCUGUAUUAGACCAAUGUGCUUCUGAGAUGAUACAGGAAAAUGGUGUGGAGCUUUUGCUGGAAUUUCUCCAUGAACGUCCACCACUUGGGAUUUCAACAGAAGGUGCUGCAUUUGAAAGAAUAUUGCAGAAAUCUGCAGUUACACUAGCCCGCUUAAGCAGACAACCAAUCGUAACUGACAUUGCAACAAGUCUGAACUGUGUUCCCCGUUUGAUUGAACUAUGCCGAUACCCCUCUGAAAGGAAUAAUAGUGAUUCAGUAUUAAUGGCUUGCUUGGCUGUAUUGCGAAAACUGGCAGCUUCAAGUCCUCAGUGCUUUGAGGACUCAGACUACCAGCAGUUAAUAAAACCGAGACUUGUGGAUUCCUUCUUACUCUGCUCAAAUAUGGAAGAAAGUUUUGUCUGAAAAUGAUUUGGAAAAAAAUCUGCAAAUAUUUGAUACUCUG